UUCCCUCCUGCCUAUCGUGUCACCAUGAAUCGUUGUAUCGCUGCGUUGCUACUGCUCAGCAUUUGUCUGGUAGUCAGCAUUUCUGGCACUGAACUUAAUGUCGCAUCUUGUCAGCAGCUUGCCGAUCAGGUUAAGAGCGAGGGUAAGAAGCGAUGGGAUGGACCCUCACACAAAUUCUGUGGUGAGACAUUGAAUGAAAAGAGGUAUGCGUACUGUACAUGCGGACUUGUACCGAGGAAGAGGGAGCUCGAACUGUCAGAGUUCCUGAACCGUGGCAAAGCAAACGGCUUUUUGUCCGCGCGUAACGUCCAGAAACGAAGCCUUUCCGAAGAAUGCUGUCACGAAGGUUGUUACUGGGAAGAGAUUGAAGAAGUAUGCUAAGAUGACAUCCCGAACGGACCUCAACUGACCCUUAAAUUUGAUUUUAAAUAAUAAUAUAAGUAUCUUUAUGUUUGGUGUGGUCACUUAAAUUAAAUUAAUCGUUUAACUAAAUAAUUAUUUUUGGAUGGAUCUUCAUUACAACGUGUCUAUAUGGAAGAGAUGUGAAACGUAUCAACUUCUGUUAUAUCAUAAAGAACUCUGUUUUUUUGUUUGUUCAAUACAAAUAUAAUAUAAAAACAAAAAGUACUUUGACUUUAGAUGCGUAAGCUUCUUUAUGCACAUUAAUUCGGUAUCAAUAGAAAUCAUUUUAUUUUCUGGAUCUUAAUCAUUUAUGUUGUUUUUGUUUGUUUUGAUUAAUUGUAAUUGUGCAAAAUGUAAAGUUUUAUAGUCCGUGUACAAAAUGUAAAUAAA